AUGGCCACCGAAGCCCUCCCAAAAGACCCCGCCCUCUCAGAUCCAGAAAGACAACAAAGGAUAGACGGCGACGCCAAAUUCCACCGCCUAGGCUGGAAGCGCCUAACAGUGAUCUCAAUCGUCGAAGCCAUCGCACUAGGAAGUCUAGGCCUCCCCUCCGCAUUCGCAACACUAGGCAUGGUGGCUGGCACCAUAAUGACCAUCGGGCUAGGCUUCGUCGCAAUCUACGCAGGCUACAACAUCGGCGAAACAAAACUGAAAUACCCUGAAAUAGGCCACUACGCCGACGUCGGCCGACUCCUCCUGGGCAACAUAGGCUCCAAGAUAUUUGUGGGCAGUUUCGUCGCGCUGCUCGUUUUCGUCAUCGGAUCGCAUUGCUUGACAGGUGCUAUUGCUUUCCAGACCAUUGCGCAGAGUAACGUGUGCUCGAUUGUGUUUAGUAUUGUCUCCGCGGCGAUCUUGAUGUUACUCGCUAUCCCGCCGUCGUUUGCGGAGAUUGCCAUAUUGGGGUAUAUUGAUUUUGCGUCGAUUAUUGUUGCGAUUGGAGUUACGAUGAUUGCGACUGGGAUUCAGAGGUCUAGUGGGACUGGGGAGUUUGUGGAUGGUAUGAUUCCCUGGUCUGCGUGGCCGAAAGAGGGGCUUACGUUCUCGGCUGCUAUCGUCGCUACUAAUAAUAUUGUUUUUGCGUAUUCUUUUGCCGGGUGUUUACCUUCUUUCAUGGAGGAUAUGCAUACCCCUGAGGAUUAUGUCAAGACGCUUUGGUGGAUGGGGGGCAUUCAGAUUAUUGUUUAUACGUUGACUGGGUCGAUUAUUUAUGCUUUUGUUGGGCAGGGUGUGCAGUCGCCGGCGUUGUUGUCUGCUGGGCCUGUUAUCUCCAGGGUUGUUUUUGGUAUUGCGCUUCCGGUGAUCUUUAUUUCCGGCUCGAUCAAUACCACCGUUGUGUGUCGGUAUAUUCAUGGGAAGGUUUAUCGCGACUCGGUUGUUCGCUAUGUGAAUACUAGCAAGGGCUGGAUGACUUGGCUUGGUCUUGUUUUCCUUGUUACCAUUCUUGCUUGGGUUAUUGCUGAGGCUAUUCCGAUUUUCUCGGAGUUGCUUUCCAUUAUCUCCGCUUUGUUUGUUUCGGGUUUGUCGUUUUAUAUCCCGCCUAUUAUGUGGUAUGUGCUUUUGAGAGAGGGGGCUUGGUAUGAGAAGCAUAAUUUGAAGACUGCCGUUUUGAAUGGCAUUGUCUUUGUGGUUGGCAUUAUUGUCUUUGGGUGUGGCACUUAUGCCAGUAUUGCUGAACUGAUUGCCAAAUUCCAGUCAGGAUCAGUGGGCAAGCCAUUCACGUGUUCUUAG